CGUACACUAUCUUUGCUGCUAGAAAAAUGGUGUCCUGCUCCAUCGCCUUGUCGCCACCACCUUGCGUUUAUUGUCUGCUCACCUUCGUGCCGCUCACUGAAGCGUCCUCAUUCUUGCGUGUCCCGCGUACGUCGCACCGUUGCGAGCGCACCCUCGCCACACGCGUCCGUAGAAUCUCCCAUGGACUCACCCGCGCCCGUCAUCGUGGCCCCUCUCCCGUCUCCAGAUUCGCUUGCCCUAGACUCACACGAGACACACGCUCGGAAACGAAAGCGUUGUAUGCCCGUCACUCCGCCUGUGACCGCGGAAGAUCCUGAAGGCGCCCAACUGUUGUCCUGCACCGUGAACGUACUAGCAGUCAAUGCCACCGCCAUAUCGCAUGUUGCCCGGCUGUAUGAGACGGAUCCCAAUGCAAGGCAGGGCAUGCUUCGAGCAGCGGAUGCUGUUGCGACCUCGAAGCUAAACAAGGGCAAGCUUGUGAUAUGUGCGGUGGGCAAAAGCGGGAUUAUUGGUCAGCAGCUGGUCGCGAUGCUGAAGAGCUUGAGCAUAUCCAGUUCUUUUAUGCAUGCUACGGAGGCUGUUCACGGAGACCUAGGAGACAUUGGCGAGGAUGACACCGUCCUCUUCAUUUCGUACAGUGGCCGGACGCCGGAGCUGCUCAACACGAUACAACACAUCCCACCAAACAACCAAAUCAUAGCCUUAACGUCAAACUUGGAGGUCGACGCAUGCCCGCUUCUUCUUAAACGUCCAGACGCCAUUUUGCUCCCGGCUCCACUACAUCAGUCCGAGGAGACCAGCUUUGGCGUCGCUGCUCCCUCUACAAGUGUUACCGUAGCUCUAGUGAUCGGGCAAUCGCUUGCCAUCUCAGUGGCACAAAAGUUACAUGGCGCUGAAAUGCAGCAGAUAUUUAAGAAGAACCACCCAGGCGGUGCUAUUGGCAUGACCAAAUGAACGAAGGUGAACCGGAAUGGCGUUAUGAAGUGCACGUCCCAUUUGAAAGGAAAUGCUUUUUUUGGAUCAAGUUUGGAGGCGCACGCUAAACUCUGGCAUUGCCACGGCGUUGCAAGCGCCGCUCACGUAUAGACUACCCGCUAAGACAAUAAUUCAACUCGAGCAGGAUCAUAACAUCUAAUGCCGAGAAUGGAAUCACGAUUAUGGCACUUGAUGUCUUCCAUCCAUCAUCCACAUAUCAAACACGCAACAAGCAGGAACAAUCUCACACAUCACACAUUGUUGAUGUGGGUGACUGUCGUCUUCUCAGCGUCAAUGGCUUUGCCUGACUGAAUCCCAUGAGCUCUAUCUUCCUCCUCAAUAGCCUUGGCGUAAGCAAGCUCAUCCUCUUCGGUCGCACCAUAGUACCUGACUGCGACCUUCUCACCGAACUGGGCGUUGAUAUCCUCGAGUGAUCGCUGCUUUGUCUCUGGGAAGAAAAAGUACACAUUCAGCAGAUGCAAGAAGGUCGGAAUGAUAAGCACAAGGAAGAACUUCCAAGUGAUUUUGUCCAGCGCGAUUGGGCCGGCGACGAGGAGAAUGAUGCUGGCGAAAUAGAGCCCAAGCAUGCCGAUACCGACACCAGUAGACCGAAUGUGGGUGGGGAAGAUCUCAGAGAGGUACACGAAUUGGGAGGCAUCCAUGAAGGUCGACCUACGAGAGUUAGACAAAAAAUCUAAAGAAAACGUUGACCCAA